AUUUUAGUUAUUUUCAUGUUUUUUGACAAAUUUCCUGAUAAGAAUUCUUUCAACGCUUUGGGUGUUUUAAGAAGUUUUGCCAAUUUGCAUAUUCUCAUAAUUGUGUAUUGCUUUAUUUUCAUUCCAACUACUAUAUUAGGUUAUACACCACUACUAUCCGUAUACUUAGUUUCUUUUCUAGUAAAUACUGCAAAUGCUUUAUAUUCGGGAAAUGAAAAUCAAACUUUAAUAAUUGCAUUGAACAGAUUUUGUGCAUUAUAUUUUCCUUUCCAAUAUUCAAAAAUUUUCGGAAUGAAGCAAACAUUGAUUUUGAGUUUUUUACUCUAUGCGUAUAGAAUCGGGGAAGUGAUAUUACCAAUACUUUCUGCUACAUACUCAGAAAAUGACUGCGUUUUAUACUUUUCUCCCAGAUAUUUAUCAUGGACCACAUUUGGCGAACGUUGUGAUUUAUUCGGAAAUGCAAUUGUUCUUUCUUUAAUUGUUUUUGGAAUGACAACAUUUGUUAACAUCGUCACUUUUGCAAAAGUUGCAUAUUUCUUUCGGAGCAAGUUUCAUCACGAUGAAGCAUCUAGACGCCGUGAGAAGAAAAACAUUAAUUUGUUUUUUCAAACUGUUCUUCAAGACUUCUUGUACGUUUUCGACCUUUCCUUUACUUUUUAUUUCAAUGGAAUGAUUCAGCAUAGACUCUGGACAUUCUUAUCUGGAAGUCUUAUAUGGCAGUUACUGCAUGCAAUUGAUGGGUUAAUUAUGGUAGUUUUUAAUGAAAAAUUCUCAUUGUUCAACAAAUGUUUCUGCUCAAACCGGAGAGAAGUCGAAGGGAAUACACCCCAAGUCGUUGAAUUCAAAAGAAGAUCGAUUUCUGCCGCUCUAGUAACCAUAAAUUGA